AUGAAAGUAAAGAUAGUUAAAGCUAAAGUAGGGGAGCAAAAAGUUAAUUGUCGCCUCGAACCAGGAUUUCUCGGUUUGUCUAUGUGUAGCGAUAAGCUCCUCAAGAAAAUCGGUGGUAAAAUUAGCAGAAAGUUAACUCCCAAAGAAAAAGAUAGUAAAUUCGUUAGAGAAGAAACCACAGCUCCACUUGGAUUGGCCGUAAUCCCACUUACCUUUACUUCUAAUGUAAUAAAAAAUCAUCGCCUUAGUAAUUAUGAAUCCAUCACAAUCCCGACUGAAGUACUUGUAGAAAAAUAUGACCCCCAAACGCCUAAUUUUAUCCUGCUCGGUAAUAAUUGGUUCUAUGGACGCAAUAACGAUGGGCUUCAGACGUAUCUACCGGAAAUAGUAACAGAUGCAGAAAAUGCUUUGGUAAGAACCACCUUACGCAUUAAGGACCUCGGCUGGAAAGUUGGCACAGCCAAAGCUAAAAGGAAGCCAAGGGUUAAUGUAUAUGUUAAUAAAAGGUCUAUUCACGAUUUUUACAAAUCACUUCCUGGGAAAUCGAAAGAUGAGUCAAAGACUCGAGACUUUGUCUCUUCAUUGUCCCGCAGAUUAAAUACUUCUAAUUCGGAUACUUCUUCCAACUCAGAUAUUUCGGAUAGCGAUUCAAGCGAUUCAAGUAAUUCUUCCUCAUCAUGUUCGGGAUCAGAAGAUAAGCACAUAUAUAAGACUGUGGCUGUUAUACACCCGAAGCGAUGUCGCAAAUCACGACUGCUUUCAGCAAUGUUAGCAUAUAAUCGAGAUUUUUUAGAAAAAAUUUAUUAUAUUCCUACAUAUAUUUAUGUGCCUGUUAAAGUACUAAGAAAAUUCAGAUCCACAAAAGAAAUUUAUGGGCAAUGUAUCAAAUGUGGAUAUUGGUAUAGAGGACCAAUUAGUGUAUUUCGGAUGCAUCAAAAAUAUUGUCCCAGAAGGCGAGCAUAUAGUGAGAAACAAGCUGUAUUAAUUAUUCAGCGAGCAUUUCGUUCAUGGAAUCAAAAACGAAUAAACUCGGUCAAAAUAAUCCAGCACACAGUAAUUAAAUGGCUUUAUCGACCCGAUGGAUCAUUUAUGAAGCAAGCCAAAGAUCGAUAUUAUUGCGUUGCAAUGGGACUUAUUUCGGAAGAAAUGGCACUCCAUGCCUGUUCCUAUCAAAAUGCGAAUAAGCUUAGUUAA